GCGCGUUCCCACAGUGCUCCGCGACAGCCGCUAUGGAGGCCAGGAGGACAGCUGUCCUCCGAGUGAAGCGGAAGCGCAGUGCGGAGCCUGCUGAGGCUCUCGUGCUCGCUUGUAAACGCCUCCGGAGUGGCGUGGUCGAUUCGGCUGCCCAGAAGACGCCAGAGGGUCUGGAGAGAGCGGCAGAGAAUAAUGUCUUCCAGUUGGUGGCCACCGUGCACUCCCAGGAGGAGCCAAUCCAGCCGCUCCUGCGGGCUGCUCUGCACCCGUCCCGGGGCAGCCAGCAGCGUAUCCGCAGCGAUCUCCGUGCGUCGGCUCGGGAGAUCCGGCAGGAGGGCCGCUACCGGGUGGUCUCCAGUCGCCGAUCCUUGGGGUCCACCUCGAGCUGCCUGGAGUCCGAGUGCACGUCGGGGAACCCAGAAGCCGCCGGAGACUCAGGCUUCCAGCUGUUCGACCUGGUCCACGAGGAGGGAGAACCAGAGACCGCCGCAGCGGACCCCUGCAAAGUGAGUCCGCACCCAGAGACAUCUGACCCCAAUGUGAUCCUCUGCAAUUCUGUAGAGUUGAUCCGUGAGCGGUUGACUAUAUCUGAGGAUGGACCAGGAGUCAGGCACCAGGAGGAACAAAAGCAUGACAACUAUGUGUAUGACAUUUACUACUUGGAGAUGGCCACUUCAGGGUGGAUUGAGAACAUCCUCUCUGUGCAGCCCUAUAGCCAAGAGUGGGAGCUGGUGAAUGAUGAUCAAGAACCAGAGGAUGUUUAUGACGAUGAAGAUGACGAGAACAGUGAGAACAACUGGCGCAAUGAGUACCCAGAGGAGGAGGAGAGCAGUGAUGGAGAUGAAGCUUCCAGAGGCUCUGAUGAAUAUAACAGCCUCAGUGAGGAGGAAAGAGGCAGUAGCAGACAUCAGAUAUGGAACAAAUACCCUUUGGAUGUACAGAAGGAAUUUGGCUAUGAGAACCCCCACGACUUGGAUUCGGACUGAUGGUCUUGUGAUAUCCAUGAGCUUCUGCCACGGGCCCUGUGACAACAAUGGCCAUUAGGACAAGAAGUAGAAUCUGUGUGAGACUUCAGGUAACAGCUGUCUCUGCCUUCCUGCUUCUAGACUCUGAAAUGGUUAUAAAGAGUGAAGUCUUUCUUUGACAGUGGUGCCAGUGGACAGAAUAUGUAUGAAUGUGAUGCACUAUGUUUAGUAAAAACCAGCUUUGACCAUGCAAGCAAGUGAUCCCUUUAAAACCUUUUAAAUCUGAAUAUCUUAGGUGUUUUCCCAUUGUACUUACACAAAAAGGGGGAGGGGUGGUGAGACAGAAGUUUCAGAAUUGAUCAUAGACACUAAGGACUCAAGGCAAGUGAGGAAAAAGAAAGCACAUUCUGAAUGUGGCUUUCCAUCGAGAAAUGUUUAGUAUUCAUAGCACUCACCCGAAACAAACCACGGUCAGUAAGACCAAUUUUGGUACCAGAACUUGUAUCUCCCAUGAGCAAACUCUCUGUCCCUGUUCCUCCCCAAACCACAGCUGCCUUCAUUCUGACUGGGUUGGUGUUUGUUUAUUCUUCUGGCAUAACAUCGUCCACUAAAAUUUUCUGUGGUGAUCAGUAUGUUCUGUGUCUGUACCAUGCAGUAGUGCUACUAGCCACAUGUGGUUGUUGAACACUUGCAAUAUGGUUAGUGCAGCUCAGGAACUGAGUCUUUAAUUUAUAUUUCAUUUUAAUUUAAUUAGUUACAUGUGGCUAGUAGCUACUGUACUGCACAGCACAGGUCUAGGGAAACAACACACAGAAUAUUUGAUUCAAGGGGUAUCCUCUUGCCCUCUGACAGUUUCACUCACUAUCCUAUGGGAAAGUGAAUUAUAUAGGGACAUGGGUUCUUCCCACCUCUUUUAAGAUUUCAUAAUCAUCUCUCCUCCAUCCUACCUCCACCCAUUCUUUGACUUUAUAUCCAUUUUAUAGGCCUUUAUAUAAGUUCCUAUCUACAUGGAGUUGUUAAACCUACCAAAGUGAUUAAAUUCUGUGUGCUCAGGCCCUACUCUUGUAGCUAAUUAAACUAUCAAAUAGACUAUUAGUUUUCCCAUCCUAAGUAUCCACAAACUCAAGUGUUGUAAUUAAGAGGCAGCAACUUCCAUGUCUAAUACUAGUCAUCUUAGUUUCCUUCUAUAGGCAUAGAAAUGAAGGAUUAAAAACCACUCUGUGCCAUUAUAAUGUGCUCACUACUGUUUAUGUACUCGUUAAAGUUUCUCCAACAUUAAAGGGCUGACGACAUCACACACUGUACCCACUGUAGAAGGGAUUAGCACAGCAGGAGAAGGACUUAAGGAGGGAAACAACAAAGAACUGGCAGAAAUUAAUUCCACCAUGAAGGCUGAGUGCUGUAGGGAGUCUCUGGCUUUGCGCCCACAGAAGGGUUCCUGGGAGAAGUCUGGAUCCAGCACAGAGGGAAAAAUGCUUUCAUUGUCCAAAAAUGAGAAGGGGAUGACAUGGCUAACUAAGCAAGAACUGGGGUACCUGGAGUGUGAGGCCCUUUCUUCUCUUAGGGGCCACUGGGGGGCAGGAAGUUCCUGGGAUUAGCUGGUUAUUGGGUGGAGAAAUCUAAAGCCACAGUCAGGGGUCCUGAAGACAAGCACACAUUGCUUCAAGGAUUAGCUCCAGAGGAGCCCUGGGAUAGGUGCCAGUUUGGCUCAGACAGGAAUCAUAUUUUCAUAGUUUAGGCAAGUCAGUCUUGCACAAGACUCCCUGUCGUCAGGCAAGAAUUUACUGUAUAAAUCCUUAACCCAUGACAGUAGGAAUGUCCUCCCAUGUUAUCACAGAUGCAAGUCCUGAACCCAAGUUAACAGUGAUCAUGCUGCCUUCAAUCUUCUUUAUUGAGCAGGUGUAUAAUCAAGGUUACUCCUUUGUCUAUGACUGGGCAAGUUUGGUGGAGAAGAAUGGUCACAAAGGAAGACUGCCUCAUUGACUUUGCCGUUGACCAAUUCCAAAACGUAAGGAUCAGAGGCCCAUGAGCUAUGCCAAGUCAGCUGGUUCUUCUGGGCCCAGGAUGACAGUGGGGGUAUCACAAAACAGUUGUACAAGCCAAUGCAGCUUCCCUGCCCAUGCAGGAAGAUCCAUUAGGCCAGACCUACUGCUCUGGCCUGACCAGGGUGCCAAAGCCCAGACUGAGCACCAGAAUUAGUUGCUUCCACUCAUGCAGUCUGCUGAGCAGCCAGAGUGAGGUUGAAGUGGCUUUUCUCCCAGUCUUCACAGAUCUCCACAGGGAGAAAACAGAAAUCCCCACAAGUACCAAGCUCUUCCUGAGACUGAAGCCCACCAGACCUCAGAAGCACAGGGAGGUCGGCAGGAGAGGAGUGCAUUAUCCCGAGGACCCACACCAAGGCAGCUCCAAAUGUAAACAAAGCCUUGUGCCAGAGAGGAGAGGAGGAUGCAGCCUGAUGUGAGGUUUUCAGAAAAAGACAAUGACCUCUUAUAGCACCAGGGUAGGCUUGCUUAGGUCUGCAGAGCAAUCCCUCACACUGGCCCUUACAGAGAGAAACAAGUUAUUUGAUGAUUUGGGCCCAAGAAAUGUUCUCCAAGCCACUGACAGCUGAAAGAAUUCAGGCGAUCCACCUGAUUCCAGAACAGUUUCGGCCCUCUUGAAGUUCGUGCCAGAAACCUAGAGAUUUACUUUCUAUCAGCUAGAACAAAGACCCAUGGCCUCAAUUAAAAUAAAGGAUUAUCCUUCA